ACGAUAACAACUUCCUAGUGUUUCCUCAAGGGCUGAAGUCCGCGUCUCAAACUCAAACUUUCACGAAGCUAUGAGACUAAAAACUCAGUCUGUGACAAGUCAUUGAAUAAUCUUACGGGCACAUUUGUGAUUACCUCAAGUUGUGUGAAGUUUUCUUUGCCGUUAGUUAACCUGCCAUAAGUUGUUGUGCAGGUCUUUUUGGUUCCUACCAACCGAGGACAGACAGGUCCAGUGCUACAAUACAUAGUCUACUGUCCAGGGUGUCUCCCAAUGAAAGCCGUGAUCCUUGCAGCUGGUUACGGGACAAGGCUCCAGAGGGAUGUGGACAGCGACGGUACCGGUCGGUUCCAGCAUCUGUCGGGGGUCGCCAAGCCCCUGCUCCCCGUGGGGCGGCGGGCUCUCAUCUCCCACUGGGUCUCUGCCUUGACUCUCUCUGGAUGUGUCGAGGGCAUUUAUGUAGUCACCAAUGCUGUUUACCACAAGGCAUUUGAGGAGUGGGCAUCCCAGUUCUCACUGGUGAAGGUGCUCAGCGAUCACACACGAAGCAAUGAGGAUCGUCUUGGUGCCGUGGCCUGUCUGCAGCUUACUAUAAAGCACUUCAAGAUUGAAGACCACGUCAUAGUCAUUGGAGGCGACACUCUUUUCCUUGAAGAUUUCAGCCUGAAAAUAGUAGAAGGAAAAUUUUCUGAACUUCUGGUGCAGUGUGCGGACAACAGUCUGGUUCUUUCUUACCAGUGUAAAGAGGAAGACACCCACAAGUACGGUAUUCUAGAAGUAGACGAGGACCUCCGAGUGUUGUGUAUGAAGGAGAAACCCACUGCUGCUGAAACAGAGUCCAGGAGAGCAUGUCCGUGUUUCUACAUGCUCUCUAAGAAAUGUCUCCCCCUCCUGGACAACUUUCUGGAGUCUAAGAAGGAUUUACCUAUUCAAGACAGAGAUGCCCCGGGAAACUUUGUGUCUUGGCUCAUUCAAAGGAGCCCGGUCUACACCCACGAAAUAUCUGGACGUUUUGACGUUGGAAACCUGCCCUCCUACAUCGAAUGCGAUCUAUAUUUCAAAGAAAAGCUGAAGAAUGUCGAGUCCUACAUGGUUUAAAGAAAAAAAGUCUUUAUUCUGCUGUGUGUCGGAACAAUCACACGACACGCAUACCUCAUUUGGACCUGAAAUUUCAUAUCUGAGCAUAGUGAAGAUUGCUUCAAUAAUAAUACAUUUUGGGGUUA